AUGUCCUUCUCGAGCCUUGUUCAGGAUCUCAGCCUCCGCGACGGUGGCAACAACAACCCGAAUGCUGCCGCCGCCAGCCGUCGCCCGCCACCCACUGUAUCGUCGAUUGACGACCGCGCCUCGCACAUAUCGCGCGCGCGGUCGUACGCCAGCACCGCGGCCACGAGCGUCAGCAUCUCGGGCGACAUCUCGAGCCAGCUGCAUGGCGGCUACUUUCACCCGCUUGCCCGUUCGUGGCAGGCCGAGCGCCAACUGACCAAGUCUAUGCUCAUCUACCCUCUCUUCAUUACCGAUAACGACGACGACAUGAUUCUGGUCCCCUCCCUCCCCGGCCAGCAUCAGCUUGGCAUUGGCCGCGUCGUAUCAUUCUUGGAGCCCCUCGUACACAAGGGCCUGCGCUCCGUUAUCCUCUUUGGCGUGCCGAUGAAGCCCGGCACCAAGGACGCCCUGGCCAGCGCAGCUGACGACCCCGAAGGCCCCGUCAUCCGCGCCAUUCGCCUCAUUCGCCGCCGCUUCCCGCAGCUCUACAUUUGCGCCGACGUCUGCCUCUGCGAAUACACAUCCCAUGGCCACUGCGGCAUCCUGCGCGACGACGGUAGCCUGAACAAUGAGCUCUCGGUGGACCGCAUCUCUGAUGUUGCCGUCGCCUACGCCAAGGCCGGCGCCCACUGCGUGGCCCCCUCAGACAUGAAUGAUGGCCGCAUCCGCUCCAUCAAGCUCAAGCUCAUCGAGGAGGGCAUCGCGCACAAGACGACGCUCAUGUCGUACUCGGCCAAGUUCUCCGGCUGUCUGUACGGACCCUUCCGUGACGCGGCUGGGUCGGCCCCGUCGUUUGGCGACCGCAAGUGCUACCAGCUGCCUCCUGGCGGCCGUGGCCUAGCGCGCCGCGCCAUCACCCGUGAUAUGUCAGAGGGAGCCGACAUUAUCAUGGUCAAGCCUGCGGGCCAGUACCUCGAUAUCAUCAGCGAUGCCAAGGACUUGGGCAAGGAUCUACCAGUGGCCGCCUAUCAGGUCAGCGGCGAAUAUGCCAUGAUUCACGCUGGUGCCAAGGCUGGCGUCUUUGGUCUCAAGGAGAUGGCAUUUGAGUCUGCGGAAGCCAUCCUGCGUGCAGGUGCGACCAUUAUCGUCACCUAUUUUACGCCCGAAUUCCUAGACUGGCUCGACAACUAA